AUGGCAUCUUCUUCCUCGCCUCCCGAACAUUAUAAUUUCUCUAGGGCAUUUUCUUCCUGUUCCCACAAACCAUGUGAGAAUCCUCCAGCUUUCUCUGGGAUCGAACCCCAAAUCCAGAGGAGGAAGGUUUCUGAAUCUACAAGAUUAUAUGAUGUCUUCAUCAACCACAGAGGCCCUGAUGUGAAAGAAACUCUGGCUCUAGAGCUUUACAAAUCUCUUGAGAAGUUGAAAAUAGAGGCUUUUCUUGAAUCGAAAGAGAAAGUACUAGGAGAUUCAUUUCCAUCAACCAUUGAGACAGCCAUCCACUCUGCUGCAGUUCACAUAGCUAUCUUCUCCAAAGGAUAUGCAGAGUCGGCAUGGUGUUUGGCGGAGCUGGUUCUUAUGUUGCAGAGUAGAGCUAAGAUUAUUCCAGUGUUUUAUAGAGUGAAGCCUUCAGAUCUUCGUUACAUAGAAAAGGGAGUGUAUGGCAAAGCAUUCGCUGAAUAUGAAAAUAAGAAGAGGUACAUGGAAAAACUUGAGGAGUGGAAGCAAGCCCUCCAAUCUAUUUCCUUUAUUGCUGGCGAAGAGUUCAAUAGGUAA